AUGUGGAAUAAAAUUGGCUGCCUAGUUUUGCUUCUAGUGGUCUUUCGAGUGGAACCUACCCGGGGGGAUGAUUUUCCUUCACUAAUUUCAGCUAACGCUUCUAUAGCGGUUAUUCUGGAUCGUGAAUAUUUGGAUACGAUGUACGAUGAAAUGCUCAAUGGAACUAAAAAACUGUUCGAACGAAUCCUAAGGGAUAAUUUCAAGAAUGGUGGUUUGAUUGUGAAGUAUUUUUCGUGGACCAGUAUAAAUUUGAAACGAGAUUUCACUGCUGUGCUUUCGGUAUCCAACUGUGAGAAUACCUGGGAUGUGUACCGGAAUGCUGCGAAGGAAAACUUGGUUAUGAUGAGUAUUACGGACUCGGAUUGUCCUCGUCUGCCGAUGGAAAGUGCGCUUAUGAUACCGAAAGCAAUGCUUACCACCGGAAAUUUCGAAGAACUACCACAGGUUAUUAUGGAUAUGAAGACGAUGAAUGCCUUUAACUGGAAAGCGGCAGUGUUACUAUAUGAUGACAGUUUCGAUCGUGACAUUAUCGCCCGCAGUGUGCUUGCCCUGUCGAAGGACUACGAGCAGGUGCGGUCCCUAUCACUGUCGAUGUUCCGUAUCGAAAGUCACACUCACAUGUGGGAAAAGCGCAAAGCCAUACGAAAGGUUCUGAUCAACUUACCCACCCGGUACAUAGGCAACAACUUCAUUGCCAUCGUCACUACCCAAACGAUGGAACUCAUAAUGGAUAUCGCAAAGGAACUUCGAAUGGUCCACCCACAGGCCCAGUGGUUAUAUGUCGUAUCCGACACCACCGCGGAGAAGAACAACAUUUCCUCCAUCUAUCCGAUGCUUUCCGAGGGUGAUAACAUUGCUUUCGUUUAUAACAUGCGGAGAACGGAGCGAAAUUGCGAGGCUCGCACUCUGUGCUAUAUAGAGAAUAUGAUUAACUCCUUGGUACAUGGUCUAUCUAAGCUAAUCCGUGAAGAAAAAGCCGUCUACGGACAGAUUGCCGACGAAGAGUGGGAAGUGAUCCGGAUGACUAAGGUCGAGCGGAAGAACGAGAUACUUAAAGUUAUUCGAUCUGAUUUGACCGGUAAGGAUAACUGCAACGAGUGCUCCCGGUGGAAGGUUGAAUCCAGUCAAACUUGGGGUUACACGUAUCAACUUCGUCAGGAUGAUCGAGGAUCCAAUCUCGCACAGAACGCACGUAGGGAGAUCGGACUGAUAGAGGCAGGCUAUUGGACGCCCCAGGAUGGAUUCGUUAUGGAGGAUUUCCUGUUUCCGCACAUUGCUAAUGGUUUUCGCGGUCUUCAUUUGAACUUCUACAGCUAUCAUAAUCCUCCGUGGCAGUUUGUAGCCUAUAAUGAAAGUGGGCAUCCGCGUCUCACACAUGGCGUGGUUUUGGACGUUCUCGGUGAGUUGUCAAGGAUAUUGAACUUCACCUAUACGAUUACCAUCGCGCAAACUAAUUUGGAGUAUGUUGGGAAUAUGACUGACGAUGCAAACAGCACGAUGAAUAAGGACGUUCACGGAAUGACAACAGAUGUUCCUCAAGAAAUCAUUAAACAACUGGUUGAUAAUAGGAUAUUACUAGCAGCCGUUGGGGCUACGGUCAGCGAGAAGCAGAAGAAGUUCAUCACUUUUUCCAAACCAAUCAGCAUUCAAACGUACAGUUUUAUGAUUUCUCGACCAAAAGAACUAAGCAGAGUGUUUCUAUUCCUGUCACCGUUCACAGUGGAUACUUGGAUGUGCCUAGCAGCGACAAUCCUGCUGAUGGCACCCGUGUUGUACGUUAUAAAUCGGCUCAGUCCGUUCUACGAGCACAUCGGGCGGGACAACGCGAUCGGAUUGGGAAAGUUGAACAACUGCUUCUGGUACAUUUACGGUGCUUUACUGCAGCAAGGAGGUCUCUACUUGCCGUACGCCGACAGUGGUCGCAUCAUUAUAGGAACCUGGUGGUUAGUGGUGCUGGUGCUCGUGACGACGUACUGCGGCAAUCUGGUGGCCUUUCUGACAUUUCCGGAAAUUGCCAUCCCCAUCACGACGGUUUCGCAAUUGGUUAAGAAUCAGCAAGGAGUGUCGUGGAGCAUUCGGAGGGGUACCUUUCUGGAGCAGUUUCUUCGGGACACGGACGACCCAAAGUAUUUGCGUCUGCUCAACGGAGCGAACUUCAUCCUUGAAGAGUCGGAUGAAAUUGUGGAUUCGAUUCGUACUGGUCACCAUGUGCACAUCGACUGGAGAACCAAUCUCAAGUACCUGAUGAAGCGGGAGUUUCUGAAGAGUGAUCGGUGCGAUUUUGUGCUCAGCAUGGAUGAGUUCCUGGACGAACAGAUAGCGCUUGCGAUGCCGAAGAAUAGUCCUUACAUCGACGUAAUCAACAAUGAACUUACGAAAAUGCAACAGUUUGGUUUCAUGCAGCGCUGGCUGAAGAAGUAUCUGCCGACAGAUGAUAAAUGUUCGAAGGUUCGAAAGAGUUCGGAGGUGGAGAACCACACGGUCAACAAUGACGAUAUGGCAGGAUCGUAUUACGUGCUGUGUAUAGGAUUUUCCGCCGGAAUGGGUUUGUUUUUGAUAGAAUGCGCUUGGCGUUGGUACAGAAAAUCAAAAGAACAAACUCUACAACCAUUUACCGAUUGA